AUGAUGGUUGUGGUCAAUACAGCCUCCAACACAAUGGAUGUGGUCAAUGGAGGAGGUCUGUCCAAUUACUUAACUUCUACAGCCCCAGGUAGGCCUCUACCCUACCCACCAUCAUGGACAUUGUGUGGUAGUUGGCAUCCCAUUCCAGCUGCAGGUCACAGUGAGCGACCCUCACAUUUCCAUGAGGUGAUCAGCCAGCAGGGUUUCCAUAUCAAGUGCAACACCACUCUGCCAGGCUACUGUGUCUGUUCCCCUUCUCUCUCCCAUCCACCCAUGACUCCUCUUCCCCCUAUGAAGUGGUUGUUCCAAGUUCUGCAGACAGAUGGCAGGGGACUGCCUAGCCGCCUGCACUGUAUCAAUACAGGGAUUAUUGUGUAUCAUCAGACAAGCUCAGCGGAGCUCUCCUGUGGGGCGCCCCCAAUCCGCGGCUCUGUGAGACUUGUGUAGUAGAGGGCAUGAACAGAUGUUAGGCAACUCUGGAGCCAGGGUUGGAGAGGUUAGAUUGGAGCUGUAUCUGAAGCACUAACUCUGCUAUCUGAAUUGGGAAUAAUUUAUCCUACUUGUAUCCUAAGUGGGAUAACACAUUUAUCAACUGUCAAUAUAUAUAUAUAUAUAUAUAUAUAUAUAUAUAUAUAUAUAUAUAUGUGCAUUCGGAAAGUAUUCAGACCCCUUGACUUUUUCCACAUUUUGUUUAUUCUAAAAUUGAUUAAAUUAAUGUUUUUCAUCAUCAAUCUACACACAAUACCCCAUAAUGACAAAGCGAAAACAGGUUUUUAGAAAUGUUUGCAAUUGUAAAUAAAUGGAAAUACCUUAUUUACAUAAGUAUUCAGAUCAUUUACUAUGAGACUCGAAAUUGAGCUCAGGUGCAUCCUGUUUCCAUUGAUCAUCCUUGAGAUGUUUCUACAACUUGAUUGGAGUCCACCUGUGGUAAAUUCAUUUCAUUGGACAUGAUUUGGAAAGGCACACACCUGUCUAUAUAAGGUCCCACAGUUGACAGUGCAUGUCAGACCAAAAACCAAGCCAUGAUGUCGAAGGAAUUGUACGUAGAGCUCAGAGACAGGAUUGUGUUGAGGCACAGACUUGAGGAAGGGUACCCAAAACAUUUCUGCAGCAUUGAAGGUCCCCAAGAACACAGUGGCCUCCAUCAUUCUUACAUGGAAGAAGUUUGGAACCACCAAGACUCUUCCGGGAGCUGGCCGCCCCAGCCAAACUGAGCAAUAGGGGGAGAAGGGCCUUGGUCAGGGAGUUGACCAAGAACCCAAUGGUCACUCUGACAGAGCUCCAGCGUUCCUCUGUGGAGAUGGGAGAACCUUCCAGAAGGAAAACCAUCUCUGCAGCACUCCACCAAUCAGGCCUUUAUGGUAGUGUGGCCAAACGGAAGCCAAUCCUCAGGAAAAGGCACAUGACACCCUGCUUGGAGUUUGCCAAAAGGCACCUACAAGAUUCUCUGGUCUGAUGAAACCAAAAUUGAACUCAUUGGCCUGAAUGCCAAGCAUUAUGUCUGGAGGAAACCUGGCACCAUCCCUACGGUGAAGCAUGGUGGUGGCAGCAUCAUGCUGUGGGGAUGUUUUUCAGCGGCAGGGACUGGGAGAAUAGUCAGGAUCGAGGGAAAGAUGAACAGAGCAAAGUACAGAGAGAUCCUUGAUGAAAACCUGCUCCAGAGCGCUCAGGACCUCAGACUGGGGCGAAAGUUCACCUUCCAACAGGACAACAACCCUAAGCACACAGCCAAGACAACGCAGGAGUGGCUUCGGGACAAGUCUCUGAAUGUCCUUGAGUGAAUGGGAGAAACUCCCCAAAUACAGAUGUGCCAAGUUUGUAGUGUCAAACCCAAGAAGACUCAAGGCUGUAAUCGCUGCCAAAGUUGCUUCAACAAAGUACUGAGUAAAGGGUCUGAAUACUUAUGUAAAUGUCAUAUUUCAGUUGUUUGUUUUUCUAUAAAUUCGCAAACAUUUCUAAAAACCUGUUUUUGAUUUGUCAUUACGGGGUAGUGUGUGUAGAUUGAUGAUAAAAAAUAAAGAAUUUAAUCGAUUUUUGAAAUAAGUCUGUAACGUAACAAAAUGUGGAAAAAGUCAAGGGGUCUGAAUAUUUCCGAAUGCACUAUACAGUGGCAUGCGAAAGUAUUCACCCCCCUUGGCAUUUUUCCUAUUUUGUUGCCUUACAACCUGGAAUUAAAAUGGAUUUUUUGGGGGUUGGUAUCAUUUGAUUUACACAACAUGCCUAACACUUUGAAGAUGCAAAAUAUUUUUUAUUGUGAAACAAACAAGAAAUAAGACAAAAAAACUAAACUUGAGUGUGCAUAACCAUUCACCCCCAAUUACAGCUGCAAGUCUCUUGGGGUAUGUCUCUAUAAGCUUGGCCCAUCUAGCCACUGGGAUUUUUGCCCAUUCUUCAAGGCAAAACUGCUCCAGCUCCUUCAAGUUGGAUGGGUUCCGCUGGUGUACAGCAAUCUUUAAGUCAUACCACAGAUUCUCAAUUGGAUUGAGAUCUGGGCUUUGACUAGGCCAUUCCAAAACAUUUAAAUGUUUCCCCUUAAACCACUCAAGUGUUGCUUUAGCAGUAUGCUUAGGGUCAUUGUCCUGCUGGAAGGUGAACCUCUGUCCAAGUCUCAAAUCUCUGGAAGACUGAAACAGGUUUCCCUCAAGAAUUUCCCUGUAUUUAGCGCCAUCCAUCAUUCCUUCAAUUCUGACCAGUUUCCCAGUCCCUGCCGAUGAAAAACAUACCCACAGCAUGAUGCUGCCAACACCAGGCUUCACUGUGGGGAUGGUGUUCUCGGGAUGAUGAGAGGUGUUGGGUUUGCGGUAGACAUAAUAUUUUCCUUGAUGGCCAAAAAGCUAAAUUUUAGUGUCAUCUGUCCAGAGUACCUUCUUCCAUAUGUUUGGGGAGUCUCCCACAUGUCUUUUGGUGAACACCAAACAUGUUUGCUUAUUUUUUUAUUUAAGCAAUGGCUUUUUUCUGGCUACUCUUCUGUAAAGCCCAGCUCUGUGGAGUGUACGGCUUAAAGUGGUCCUAUGGACAGAUACUCCAAGCUUUGCAGCUCCUUCAGGGUUAUCUUUGGUCUCUUUGUUGCCUCUCUGAUUAAUGCCCUCCUUGCCUGAUCUGUGAGUUUUGGUGGGCGGCCCUCUCUUGGCAGGUUUGUUGUGGUGCCAUAUUCUUUCCAUUUUUUAAUAAUGGAUUUAAUGGUGCUCCAUGGGAUGUUCAAAGUUUCUGGUAUUUUUUUAUAACCCAACCCUGAUCUGUACUUCUCCACAACUUUGUCCCUGACCUGUUUGGAGAGCUCCUUGGUCUUCAUGGUGCCGCUUGCUUGGUGGUGCCCCUUGCUUAGUGGUGUUGCAGACUCUGGGGCCUUUCAGAACAGGUGUAUAUAUACUGAGAUCAUGUGACAGAUCAUGUGACACUUAGAUUGCACACAGGUGGACUUUAAUUAACUAAUUAUGUGACUUCUGAAGGUCAUUGGUUGCACCAGAUCUUAUUUAAGGGCUUCAUAGCAAAGGGGGUGAAUACAUAUGCAAGCACCACUUUUCUGUUAUUUAUUUUAUAGAAAAAAUGUUCACUUCACCAAUUUGGACUAUUUUGUGUAUGUCCAUUACAUGAAAUCCCAAGGGGGAUGAAUACUUUUGCAAGGCACUGUAUAACAACAUUUGAAUUAAGCUCACAUAUAGAAAUUUGGUCACAUACAGUGCCUUCAGAAAGUAUUUACAUCCCUUUACUUUUUUCACAUUUUGUUGUGUUACAGCCUGAAUUUAAAAUUGAUUAAAUUGAGAUUUUGUGUCACUGGCCUACACACAAUACCCCAUAAUUUCAAAGUGGAAUUAUGUUUGUAGAAAGUUUUACAAAUUAAUAAAAAUGAAAAGCUGAAAUGUCUUGAGUCAGUAAGUAUUCCACCCCUUUGUUAUGGCAAGCCUAAAUAAGUCCAGGAGUAACAAUUUGCUUAACAAAUUGUGUCAUAAGUUGCAUGGACUCACUCUGUGUGCAAUAAUAGUGUUUAACAUGAUCAUUUUAGAAUGACUACCUAAUCUACAGUAUGUACCCCACACAUACAUUUAUCUGUAAGGUCCGUCAGUCGAGCAGUACAUUUCAACCACAGAUUCAACCACAAAGACCAGGGUUGUCCAAUGUCUCACAAAGAAGGGCACCUAUUGGUAGAUUGGUAAAACAAAUAAAAAGAUCUGCCGUUGAAUUUCCCUUUCCCUGAGCAUGGCGAAGUUAUUAAUUAAUAAACAAUAUUCAAAAACAUGCAUCCUGUUUGCAAUUUGGCACUAAAGUAAAACUGGCAAAAUGUGGCAAAGAAAUUAACUUUAUGUCCUGAAUACUAAGCAUUUGUUUGGGGCAAAUCCAACACAACACAUCACUGAGUACCACUCUUCAUAUUUUCAAGCAUGGGGGUGCUUACCAAGACGACAUUGAAUGUUCAUGAGUUGCCUAAUUACAGUUUUGACGUAAAUCGGCUUGAAAAUCUAUGGCAAAACUUGAAAAUGGCUGUCUAGCAAUGAUCAACAACCAACUUGGCAGAGCUUGAAGAAUUUAAAAAAGAAUAAUGUGCAAAUAUUGUGCAAUCCAGGUGUGGAAAGCUCUUAGAGACUUACCCAGAAAGACUCACAGCUGUAAUUGCUGCCAAAUAUGAUUCUAACAUGUAUUGACUCAGGGCUGUGAAUACUUACACUAUAUAUACAAAAGUAUGUGGACACCCCUUCAAAUUAGUGGAUUCGGCUAUUUCAGCCACAUCCGUUGCUGACAGGUGUAUAAAAUAGAGCACACAGCCAUGCAAUCUCCAUAGACAAACAUUGGCAGUAUAAUGACCUUACUGAAGAGCUCAGUGACUUUCAACGUGGCACUGUCAUAGGAUGCCAUCUUUCCAACAUGUCAGUUCGUAAAAUUUCUGCCCUGCUAGAGCUGCCCCGGUCAACUGUAAGCGUUGUUAUUGUGAAGUGGAAAUGUCUAGGAGCAACAACGGCUCAGCCGCGAAGUGGUAGGCCACGCAAGCUCACAGAUUGGGUCAGCCGAGUGCUGAAGUGCGUAGCGCGUAAAAAUUGUCUGUCCUCGGUUACAACACUCACUACCGAGUUCCAAACUGCCUCUGGAAGCAACAUCAGCACAAUAACUGUUCAUCGGGAGCUUCAUGAAAUGGGUUUCCAUGGCCGAGCAGCCGCACACAAGCCUAUGAUUACCAAGCGCAAUGCCAUGCGUCGGCUGUAGUGGUGUAAAGCUAGCCGCCAUUGGACUCUGGGGCAGAGGAAACGCGUUUUCUGGAGUGAUGAAUAACGCUUCACCAUCUGGCAGUCCGACGGACAAAUCUGGGUUUGGCACAUGCCAGGAGAAUGCUACCUGCCCGAAUGCAUAUUGCCAACUGUAAAGUUUGGUGGAGGAGGAAUAAUGGUCUGGGGCUGUUUUUCAAGGUUCGGGCUAGGCCCCUUAGUUCCAGUGAAGAAAAAUCUUAACGCUAUAGCAUACAAUGACAUUCUAGACAAUUCUGUGAUGCCAACUUUGUGGCAACAGUUUAGGGUAGGCCCUUUCCUGUUUCAGUAUGACAAUGCUCCUGUGCACAAAACGAGGUCCAUCCAGAAAUGGUUUGUUGAGAUCGAUGUGGAAGAACUUGACUGGCCUGCACAGAGCUCUGACCUCAACCCCAUCGAAAACCUUUGGGAUGAAUUGGAAUGCCGACUGCGAGCCAGGCCUAAUCGCCCAACAUCAGUGCCCUGCCUCACUAAUGCUCUUGUGGAUGAAUGGAAGCAAGUCCCUGCAGCAAUGUUCCAACAUCUAGUGGAAAGCCUUCCCAGAAGAGUGGAGGCUGUUAUAGCAGCAAAGGGGGAACCAACUCCAUAUUAAUGCCCAUGAUUUUGGAAUGAGAUGUUCAACGAGUAGGUGUCCACAUACUGUUGGUCAUGGUGUCUCCCGAGUGGCGCAGUGGUCUAAGGCACUGCAUCACAGUGCUAGCUGUGCCACUAGAGAUCCUGGUUCGAAUCCAGGCUCUGCUGUAGCCGGCGCACAAUUGGCCCAGGGUAGGGGAGGGAAUGGCCGGCAGGGAGGUAGCUCAGUUGGUAAAGCAUGGCGUUUGCAACGCCAGGGUUGUGGGUUCGAUUCCCACGGGUGGCCAGUAUGAAAAUAAAAAAGAAUAAUGUAUGCACUAACUGUAAGUCGUUCUGGAUAAGAGCUUCUGCUAAAUGACGUAAAAUGUAGCAUAUGUCAAUUAGAUAUUUCUGUAUUAAAUUUGCAAAAAUGUAUAAAAACGUGUUCACUUUGUCAUUAUGGGGUUUUGUGUGUAGAUGGGCGAGAUAAUUGUUUUUAUUAAAUCAAUUUAGAAUUAAGGGUUAAUACAGCAGAAUGUGGAAUAUGUCAAGGGGUAUGAAUACUUUCUGAAGGCACUGUAUGUCAGGACAUCCUGUAACAGCAUGUACUGAAUGUUCAAGGAUGCUGCUUUUUCUUUGCAUGAUUCACAGUUAUGUUUACUGUUGUUCAGCCCAGUUGGGUCUGUGUGUACUGUAUGUGUGUGUGUGUGUAUAAAGUAUGUUUGUCAGUUAAUACACUCUCUCUUUCCCUUUGCAUCUCUUAUUUUUGUCCCCAGGGGUCACCACAGUUCUAACCAUGACAACCCUGAGUAUCAGUGCCAGGAACUCCCUGCCUAAGGUGGCCUAUGCUACAGCUAUGGACUGGUUCAUGGCAGUAUGCUAUGCCUUUGUCUUCUCCGCCCUGAUAGAGUUUGCCACAGUUAACUACUUCACCAAGCGCAGCUGGGCAUGGGACGGCAAGAAGGAGGCCCAGGAGAUGAGGGUGAGUACUGUAGCUAUGGUAUACCUACAGUACAUGGAGGUAGUUUCAGUACUUCAAAGGUUAAAACAAUAUAAUGUAGAUCCUCACACAUCCCCUAAAAGCCUUGCUCCCUCUUUGUGUGCUUUGCUGGUGUUGUGGAGAAGUAGCUAAUCACAACUGUCUCCAUCCUCAUUCAUCUGCUAGAUAGUGUGUCUGUCUCCUCCUCGGCUCGCUCCUCGGCUUGCUAUCUCUCUCUCCCUCUCUAGAGUCGAGUGGCUUUUUGUUUAUUCUAGAUUAUUUGCUUUCUAUCUAUCUUCCCCUGAUAACCUCCUGAAAAUGAGCGUCUUCAGAGCUAAUUGCUCAGAGAUGCGGCGAGGGAAGCUGAUCAGAGCUCUCAUAUUGUAUUGUAGUGGGAAUAAGGAGUGAUUGUACCUGCGAAACACUGAUAGAAAGUCCCAUCCCAGCCUCCUGGGGAAGGCAGCCUUGGGUAAUCUGUAAAGAGACACUUUAUUUAUUCAUUAACAACCCCACAGAGGAGGAUCUCUGUUCCUGGCACAACAGAGUGAGCAGCAGGGGGUGGGGGAGGACAACUCCCAGAGCAGGUAUCCUGAGCACAGACCAAAAAUAGGGUAUAUCACACACAUACAGUGCAUUCGGAAAGUAUUCAGACCCCUUUACCUUUUCCACAUUUUGUUACGUUACAGCCUUAUUCUAAAAUUGAUUAAAUUGUUUGUUUUUUCUCAUCAAUCUACACACAAUACCCCAUAAUGACAAAGUGAAAACAGGUUUUUAUAAAUGUUUGCAAAUGUAUACAAAUAAAAUAAAACAGAAAUACUUAUUUAAAUAAGUAUUCAGAUAUUUUGAUAUAAGACUCAAAAUUGAGCUUAGGUGCAUCCUGUUUCCAUUGAUCAUCCUUGAGAUGUUUCUACAACUUGAUUGGAGUCCACCUGUGGUAAAUUCAAUUGAUUGGACAUGAUUUGGAAAGGCACACACCUGUCUAUAUAAGGUCCCACAGUUGACAGUGCAUGUCAGAGCAAAAACCAAGCCAUGAGGUCGAAGGAAUUGUCCGUAGAGCUCCGAGACAGGAUUGUGUCGAUGCACAGAUCUGGGGAAGGGUACCAAAAAAUGUCUGCAGCAUUGAAGGUCCCCAAAAACACAGUGGCCUCCAUCAUUCUUAGAUGAAGUUUGGAACCACCAAGACUCUUCCAGGAGCUGGCCACCCGGCCAAACUGAGCAAUCGGGGGAGAAGGGACUUGGUCAGGGAGGUGACCAAGGACCCAAUGGUCACUCUGACAGAGCUCCAGAGUUCCUCUGUGGAGAUGGGAGAACCUUCCAGAAGGACAACAAUCUUUGCAGCACUCCACCAAUCAGGCCUUUAUGGUAGAGUGGCCAGACAGAAGCCACUCCUCAGUAAAAGGCACAUGACAGCCUGCUUGGAGUUUGCCAAAAGGCACCUAAAGGACUCUCAGACCAUGAGAAACAAGAUUCUCUUGUCUGAUGAAACCAAGAUUGAACUCAUUGGCAUGAAUGCCAAUGGUCACGUCUGGAGGGAUCCUGGCACCAUCAAUACGGUGAAGCAUGGUGGUGGUAGCAUCGUGCUGUGGGGAUGUUUUUCAGCGUCAGAGACUGGGAGACUAGUCAGGAUAGAAGGAAAGAUGAACGGCGCAAAGUACAGAGAGAUCCUUGAUGAAAACCUGCUCCAGAGCACACAGGACCUCAGACUGGGGUGAAGGUUCACCUUCCAACAGGACAACAACCCUAAGCACACAGCCAAGACAACGCACAAGUGGCUUUGGGACAAGUCUCUGAAUGUCCUUGAGUGGCCCAGCCAGAGCCCGGACUUGAACCCGAUCAAACAUCUCUGGAGAGACCGGAAAAUAGCUGUGCAGCGACGCUCCCCAUCCGACCUGACAGAGCUUGAGAGGAUCUGCAGAGAAGAAUGAAAGAAACUCCCCAAAUACAGGUGUGCCAAGCUUGUAGCGUCAUACCCAAGUAGACUCGAGGCUGUAAUCACUGCCUAAGGUGCUUCAACAAAGUACUGAGUAAAGGGUCUGACUACUUAUAUAAAUCUGAUAUUUCAGUUUUUAAUUUGUAAUACAUUUGCAAAAUAUUCUAAAAACUUGUUUUUGCUUUGUCAUUAUGGGGUAUUGUGUGUAGAUUGAUGAGGGGGAAAAAAACAAUUUAAUCAAUUUUAGAAUAAGUUGUAAGGUAACAAAAUAUGGAAAAAGUCAACACGUCUGAAUACUUUCUCAAUGCACUGUACAAAUUAUAAACAGUGUAUAUCAUACAUAGACACACUGUAUCUCAUACACACGUACAGCACAUAAACCCCAGUGUACAUCACAGAGACAGUGAGAGAAACUGAGAGAGACAGUGAGAGACAGUGAUAAUUAAGGCAUGGGGUUAUAUGAGGAACUCAUUAAACAUUGUGAUUUUGACACUUAAUGCUAAAAAAGUUUGGAGAAGUUUGGGUGCAAUCAGGAGAUGUGUUUCAUGUGAACAGCUGUGAGGAUAUUAAAGGGAUAUUUCAGGAUUUUGGCAAUAAAACCCUUUAUCUACUUCCCCAGAGUCAGGUGAACUUGUGGAUACCAUUUGUAUGUCUCUGCGUGCAGUUUGAAAGAAGUUGAUAACUAGCGUUAGCCUAAUUGCUAACUGGAGUUAGCGCAAUGACUGGAACUCUGCUAACUGCUAGCAUGCUAGUAGAUACCAAAGACUUCCAGUCAUUUCGCUAACGCUAGUUAGUAUCGGCUCCCGAAACGACCUCUAACUUCCUUCAUACUGGAUGCAGAGACAUGAAAAUGGUAUCCAUGUGGUCAUCUGACUCUUGCCAAAAUCCCGAAAUAUCCUUUUAAAAGUAAGUGGAGAACUCCUGGAAAGUUUUGAAAGUGGAAUAUCUGAGACUCGAUUUAGAAGUCUAAAGUCUUCUCUUUAGUGUGCUUCUGUCAACCCAAGUCAAUAUUUGUAGAAAUAUCUCAGGCUUUCACUCGCUGCAACAGAUGUUUACAGUGUCACAAAUCCAUUUCAUAAUAUGCUGAGUAUGAAGGACUCACAACCAUCAGUCAAACAUUUCUUAAGUUCUUUGUAAGUUGACUGGAUGAUUGACACCAUGGCGUAUUGCUGACAUGAAUCCUUUCUGUAGUCACUGAGGGACAGAUGGUUCUGUGAAUUACAAUGCAGUACGUGGAGGAGGCUUUUUCUUUGUUGCUUUGUCUUAAUGGCAGCAGCAGCAGGAUGUCUGUUCUGUGUUCUCUGGGUUGCACUGAGCAGGCAGUUUGUGGUGAUGGGAUGCGUUAGGGUAGGGGUCACUCGGGGAGCGAUAGCACACCUAUCACAGUCCCUCACUGAUAGAAGCUUCAGGAGAGCUGCGGGAUGAAACGCUGUAUGCUUUAUCCUUGUUUAAAAGUUUCACAGGGGAAUAUGUGUGUAUGAAGUGAGAGCGUAAUCAAAAGGCUGUUCCUCAGAGAGAGGGGAAGGACUCCUGGCUGAGUGUCCUGUUGGGAGUAGCAUCCCUGUUCAUCAGAGGCUGUGGCUGCAGCCUUCUCCUGAUGGGGCCAGAUGGUGACCUCAUAGCCUGGGGCUCUGAGAGGCUCUGAGAGGCUGUGAGAGGCUGUGUUUCAGCUGAUGCUGGGAGUGAGGAGCCAGAGGAGGGUCGAUGUUAGGUAAUUUACCUCAGUGACUGUGGAGCUCCUCUGACUCUCAAUGUUGCCCUUUUUUGUCAGACGUGUCCUGUUAGACAUAACAGCCGUGUGGGCCUGGUCGGCAGCAGCAGCAACACCAUUCAUGCAACCUAAUGAGGUUUCUCUCUCCUCUCUUCUCCUCGCCACUAGAGACCCAGGGCGCGAUAGUCAGGGGUACAGGCACAGACAUGUUAGUCAACUUUCUGUGAUUAUUGACUGAUAAGAACUGAUUGAAUUAGAAACAUAUAUUGGGUUGGAUUUACAUGACAUGAUAACAUUUUAGGGCAUUAGUGCAGGGGAGAAGCAGAACUGACCUUGAUUAGGGAUUUGAAAGUAUGUUUAAUUCAUGCUGGCUGACAGACAGUCUGUAACACACUGCAGUAAUGAGGCUGUGCUGCAGUCAGGUCUAUGUGGGGACCAGCCACCUCUACAGCUGUCAUCGUUCCCAGCAAGCCAGGCCACCUGCACAGACAGACACACGCACAUACACACAUACACACACACACAUAAACACACACACAUACACAUACACACACACACACACACACACUGGGACACACUCAUAGCCCCAAGAUGUGGUGUCACAUCCAAGCAAAAAGGCUGCACGUACGGACACAUACAGUACACACAUACACACAGGGACAUACUGCUACUCUUAGCCAUAAGCCAUAAGGCACCUUCUCUCUGAACACAGACCCAGAGAGACACUGUAAGACCCAAGAUACUCUGUCACCCCUGCAUACACUCACAGCAAGACACUUUAAGCCUUGUACUCAAACACCGUCACACACUCACAUACACAUACAAAUGCACAGGCAAUGUCUCCCAACAUUCCCCACUCAGGACCAAGGGGCACUCAUAUACACACACACACACUAAGGAGUCUUCAUGCCCCAAGCUUGCCGAAAGCAUUUAUAUAAUCACACAAAGUUUGUCUGCCCUCAAGCAAUUUUGGUGUACUCUUGUGUACAGUAUAGUGGUACACUAUGUUUUGAAGAACAUUACUUCUAAACAAAGCCCCAUACUACGGUUGCCUCUGCCUGUAUCUCAGACCACAUAACUCAGAAUUAUAUUAUGGAGUCCCUCGCCACUAGCUGAUUGGCAGGUGUGUUCUAGCAGGGCCUUAUAUGUCAGGGUGGUAGGCUGAGAGCAGACCUGAUGCCGGGGAUAAAUGAGCUUAGGUAGCUGUGGUAAAGGUCAUGAGACGCUUGUUAAUAGUUAUCCCUUACUCAUGCUGAUCUAAGCUGUGAUAUAAGGGGCCCGGGGUGUUGUUGGAUCAGGAAGAAUCAAUACCCUGUGAAAGCCUCAGGGCGUCCAGGGGGCAGCAGCCGUCACCGCUAAAAGACUCCCUCUCCACUGAUAUUGGCAUGAUAGAGCCAGAGCCCAGGCCCAGCCCAGCAAAUAGAACCCUGGCCCAGCCCGGCAAAUAGAGCCCAGGCCCAGCCCAGCAAAUAGAACCCUGGCCCAGCCCGGCAAAUAGAACCCUGGCCCAGCCCAGCAAAUAGAACCCUGGCCCAGCCCGGCAAAUAGAACCCUGGCCCAGCCCAGCAAAUAGAACCCUGGCCCAGCCCGGCAAAUAGAGCCCAGGCCCAGCCCAGCAAAUAGAACCCUGGCCCAGCCCGGCAAAUAGAGCCCUGGCCCAGCCCGGCAAAUAGAACCCUGGCCCAGCCCGGCAAAUAGAGCCCUGGCCCAGCCCGGCAAAUAGAGCCCUGGCCCAGCCCAGCAAAUAGAGCCCUGGCCCAGCCCGGCAAAUAGAGCCCUGGCCCAGCCCGGCAAAUAGAGCCCUGGCCCAGCCCGGCAAAUAGAGCCCUGGCCCAGUCCGGCAAAUAGAGCCCUGGCCCAGUCCGGCAAAUAGAGCCCUGGCCCAGCAAAUAGAGCCCUGGCCUGGCAAAUAGAGCUUGGGCCCAGCCUAGCAAAUAGAGCCCUGACCCAGUCUAGCAAAUAGAGCCCUGGCCCAGCCCAGCAAGUAGAGCCCUGACCCAGUCCAGCAAAUAGAGCCCUGACCCAGUCCAGCAAAUAGAGCCCUGGCCCAGCCUAGCAAAUAGAGCCCUGGCCCAGCCCAGCAAGUAGAGCCCUGACCCGGCAAAUUGAGCCCUGGCCCAGCCCGGCAAAUAAAGCCCUGGCCCAACCCGGCAAAUAGAGCCCUGGCCCAACUCGGCAAAUAGAGCCCUGGCCCAACUCGGCAAAUAGAGCCCUGGCCCAACCCGGCAAAUAGAGCCCUGGCCCAACCCAGCAAAUAGAGCCCUGGCCCCAUCCAGCAAAUAGAGCCCUGGCCCAGCCCAGGUAGAAUCACAGACAGACAGACAGACGGCAUACUCUCUCUCUGUUGAAUGUCAUUACUGCUACUUUGUUCUGGUUUGAAGCCCCUCUGGAUGGAAGGUUUUCUCUGGUAGUUUGUUGUUGUUUUGGAACGGAUGGAGCGCUGUUGUUCAGGUGCCUCUGGUGUCCUCUGUGCAUUCUGUAGCCUCCAUUCACCUUGUACAUCUGAGGUGAAAUGCAAACCAUUACCCCCUGUGUUAGCCCCCCUGACCGGCCUGCUUAUCCAAUUGGAUCGGCCAGUUCUCCUUGAUGCUGUGGUUUAAGACAAAAAUCCAUCAUAGCACCCUGGUUGUUAUAUUCCAUUUACCCUUCUUAUACAUUAAUCAACACCUUGUUGAUGCAAACCUGGCCAUACUAAUGUAAUACAGCAUAUGAAUUUCUCAGCUGUAGGUGUAUUUCUGACAUAUGAAAAAGUAUCUAAGGAUUCCCUGAGGCAGGAUUUUGAGACCUAAAACUGCUCCCAACCCAUCUUUUUUAUAUCCCCUUGCCUUCAUUCCUAAUCUAUGGCCUAUAUACAGUACAGCCCCAGUCCUCAGAGGGUAGUUUGUCAGGCCUGUUUACAGGUGCAUUGAUUUAACUCUGCUACUCAUCCUGCUCUGCUCUUAUCCUACCACUAACUCUCCAGUGCCACCAGCCUAGACAAACCCUGUCCACUACUCUGCUCUGCCCCAUUUCUUUCAGUGGUUCAGAAAAUAACAAGCCUCUCGGAAAUUAGACCAUGAUAUUGCCCAUAAACCUCUGACCUGUGUCCUAUGUUACAAAUGUAUUGCAUGCCAUGCCCUGGGGUGUGCCUAUUCUCACUGUGCACUGUGAUGUAUGCAUAUUUUGUCAGGGAGGCUCAUGUGAUUUGCCACUUAUUGGAGCGUAGAUGCGUAAUGUUCUAUGACCUUGGCCUUUUGUCUCGGCUGGGAGGGCUACAGCCCCAAUCCCUACACUAGGGCCUUGAGUUCUUUCAGCUUGGCUCCUAACCCAAUGGUGCAAAACAGGGAUGUUCAUAAUGUUCCCUUCAUGCAUAUUGAGCAUCAUUGCACCCCCAGUCAAAACAGUCCCAGGUAAUGUUGUCAUUUGAUGAUCCAGCCCUGAUUUUCUCAGUUUCUCUUCUCUUUACAGAGAAGAGAAUCUGCCUCUCUUUCCAAAAAGGCCAAUAACACAUUCAACAUUGUUGGAACUACCUACACCAUCAAUGUGGUAAAGGACCCAGGUUUAACCACAGUCUCCAGGAGUGCCACCACAGCUACACACCACCACCACCACCACAGCCACAAGGUCCCUAAAAUGGACGACUCAUAUGUGGAAGCCAUAAAGUCCUACAACCGCGUCAGCAAAGUGGACAAGAUAUCACGCAUCAUCUUCCCUGUGCUGUUCUUCAUCUUCAACCUGGUCUACUGGGCCACGUACAUCAACAGCAAGCCGCGCGCCAUCCCCUCCCCCAGGUCCACCUCCCAGAAUUAA